GCACCGCAAAUUCGACAUCUCCAUCCCGCCGCCAGCUAACCACAGCGAAUCGACAACAGCAGGAUCGAUCUCUGUCCAGUCGAAUCUAUACACCAUGGCCGACUCUCAAGUUACUCUGCGCACGCGCAAGUUCAUCCGCAACCCUCUCCUUGGACGUCGUCAGAUGGUCGUCGAUGUCCUCCACCCCAACCGCGCAAACGUUUCCAAGGACGAGCUCCGCGGCAAGCUCGCUGAGCUGUACAAGGCCAAGAAGGACGAUGUCUCCGUCUUUGGUUUCAAGACACACUUUGGUGGUGGCAAGAGCACCGGCUUUGCUCUCAUCUACGACAGCAACGAGGCCAUGAAGAAGUUCGAGCCCCGCUACAGGCUAGUACGAUACGGCAUGGCCACCAAGGUCGAGAAGGCCAGCAGGCAGCAGCGCAAGCAGCGCAAGAACAGGAUGAAGGAGUUCCGGGGUACCGCCAAGACCAAGGGUGGUGCGAAGAAGGACAAGAAAUAAGCGGGUGCAUACUGACGAUGACUACGAAAGUCAUGUCGCUGGGGUCGAGUGGCAGUUUCUCUGGGACUACUAGUUCGCCUAUAUGGUUUUUCAUCAUGGUGGACACGGAGUUGCUUCUGCGGGCAUCGGCAUGUAUAUCUACGAUCGCCUGGAAAACUCUUGCGCAUGGGACCGGAUCAACAAGAACGGAUGGCGUUUGAGACGAAUUGUGUGCUAACCAGCAAUGCAUAUCAUGGACUUUACGAUCCUGCAAAAACCGCUGUCGCUUGUUCCUGAUUC